GUCCUUCUUGAUCCUGAAGUGGAGUGGGUGCCGCUGUUGCUGCUGCUGGUGUUGAAUCCGUAGCCGGACAUGGGCCUGGAGGACGAGCGAAAGAUGCUGACUGGAUCCGGAGAUCCCAAAGAGGAAGAAGAGGAAGAGGAGGAAUUAGUGAUAGGACUGAGGCUUUCAGUGCAUACUGACAACCUUGGAAGGCAGGAAUGUGAAACUUUUCCCUACUACUUAGCAUCAGAAUUGAAUGGGAGACCCUAUUUUGCCCUUUCUGGCAGCAGUGUGGCUCUGCCUGCUGGCCUUCUGCACGGAUCCCCUAACAACAGUGAGAGAGCAAUGCGAGCAGCUGGAGAAAUGUAUAAAGGCCCGGGAGCGCCUAGAGCUCUGUGAUGAGCGUGUAUCCUCCCGAUCACAGACAGAAGAGGAUUGCACAGAGGAGCUCUUUGACUUCUUGCAUGCAAGGGACCACUGUGUGGCCCACAAACUGUUUAAUAGCUUGAAAUAAAUGUGCAUUCUCAAUCACUGCAGCCUUCAUCACGGGGCAUCAGGAUAUUUCCUUGUGGUUUUGAACAUGCAUUUGUUUUCUAAUUUGUAUAACCGUAAGUUCAUGUGAAUCUCAUGGAUUUUGGCUUUAGGCAAGUAGCAUCUGUAUAACUGAUUUCGUUUUAAUAAAAAUCCUAUGAUCUGCA